CUUUAAUUCGGAUAUGGUGAACCCACAUUUUAAAGCCGCCUCCAAACCAAAGGCAGAUUUUGCUGUUUCCUUUUUGUCACUUUUCAUAUUGAAUUGAAAGAAAAGAAUCCUAUAAAAAGCAUGUGUUUGGUCAAGAGGGAAGAGCAUAAAUUAAAGCAAACCAGUUUUAUUUUUCACAUGAUGGCAAACGUAAGGGCCCAUUUUUGUUUCUUGCUGUCUUUUACAACCUUUCUCAACCUGAUUAGCUGCCAUAAUCUGCCUGAAACCCAUGUUGCUUUGUUCAUCUUUGGUGAUUCACUUUUUGAUCCUGGAAACAACAACUAUAUCAACACCACUUUUGAUUUUCAGGCAAAUUUCUGGCCUUAUGGUGAGACCUUCUUCAAGUACCCUACUGGCAGAUUUUCUGAUGGGCGUCUGAUUCCAGAUUUUAUUGCUCAGUUUGCUGGGUUACCGAUAAUUCCAACAUAUUUACAGCCUGGCAAUCAUAAGUUCACAGAUGGGGUGAACUUUGCAUCUGGAGGAGCCGGAGCUCUAGUUGAAUCUCAUCAAGGAUUUGUUGUAGACUUAGAAACACAAAUAAAAUACUUCAAGAAAGUUGAGAAAUCAUUGAGACAAGAACUAGGAGAUGCUGAGGCCAAGAAAUUGUUGUCCAGAGCUGUUUACUUGAUCAGUAUAGGAGGCAAUGAUUACUUGACCCGAAACUCAAGUGCGUCAGAUGAAGAGUUUGCUUUCAUGGUGCUUGGCAACCUGACUGUUGCUCUCAAAGAAGUAUACAAGAAAGGAGGGAGGAAGUUUGGGUUUCCAAAUAUGAUGCCGCUGGGUUGUUUACCAUACCUGAAAGCAAAAGCAGGGGGUUCUUGCAUUGAUGAAGUCACAGCAAUAGCGAAACUGCACAAUGGAGAACUUCCCAAAACCCUCAAUCAGCUAGACAACCAGCUUGAAGGGUUCAAAUAUGCCUAUUUCAAUUUCUACAAAUCUGUUAAUGAAAGGUUGAACAACCCUUCAAAAUAUGGUUUCAAGGAUGCGACGAGGGCAUGUUGCGGCUCCGGUCUGUUGGGAGGAGUUUACAGCUGUGGAGGGAAGAGAGGGAUAACAGAGUUUCAUUUAUGUGAGAAUCCUGGUGAAUAUUUCUUCUUUGACUCCUAUCAUCCCUCGGAAAAGGCUUACCAGCAAUUUGCAGAGCUAAUAUGGGCUGGAACUACUGAUAUCGUAUGGCCUUACAAUCUCAAAACACUAUUUGAAGCCUAAGACACCAAAUUUUUAUGAUCAUUCCAACGCCGUUGGAGAAUAACAUCAGGAAGUUCAAAGACCCAAUGCAAUAAUGAUGAUAGACCAUUUCCACAUCAUAUCUUUGUCCAAUAAAGGCUUGAUGAGAAUAGGUGCAUCAACUUGCAAAAUACUUUUCUCUCGACUUUUUCUUCUCAAAAUUUCGUGCUUUAGCCACCACAAAAAAGUGACCGACAACAUUUCAUCGAAGUUUUGAUUUAUACAUGUAUGGGAGGUUGGGCCAUAAGUUUGUUGUUUUAUGCUUCCCAGACAGCACCCCGAAAGCCAGCUGCUUGUUGGUCAUUCAAGACUUCCCUCACUGUUUCAGUGACGGUCACGAUAUUA